GCACUCCACGGUUCGGUUGUCUGUUUUGUACAGGCAGCAUGGCGCUGUUCAGGAGAAAGGCAUUUGCUCUCGGAUGCUUCGCAGCAAGCGUGCUGAGCACCACCAACAGAACACGCCACAUGCUUGGCAGGCUGCCUUCAUUAAUUAAGAGGAACUGGAUUUCUUUAAGUGUCUCAGGUGGCCUCUGUGCUGUCCCCUUUGUGCAGGACACUGUAUCACAUGAGGCCUUGAUCCGCAGAGCAUCGUCUCUGGUGACUGACAGUGCCAACACUUACCUCUCUCAAACCACUCUGGCACUAGUGGACUCCCUCAAUGAGUAUAUCAAUGCAGUACAUACCCUGAUAACUCUUCACAGAAGUUAUGUUGCCAAUAUCAACAAGCUGAACCCUACACAGGAAAACACAAUAUGGCAGAUGAUAGUCUCCAAGCGCCAGGAGAUCAUUGCCCGAAGGAAUGACUGGAAGAAAUUCGAAACAAGCUGGUUGACUGCAGUUGACCUCUCAGAGCUGGCUAUGGAAGCUGCUUUUAAUGCGGGAGCAGACCAGUCUUCAGCCGCAGCCCAGACUAACCUACAGAUGGCACAGUCUCAAGUAGAGCAGGUUCGACAGCGAUCACGUGAGACAGAGAAAGAGCUGAAAAACAGCAAGGCAGAAGACAGUGAGAGGCUUCAGACUUCUCUCACCUCAGCAACUCAAGAAGAGGAGGAAAUUCCAGAAGCCUAUCUGAGAGAGGACUAAUCAAGAGCUGCAGAUUUCCAAAGACAUACAGAGCUCUGCACAGAAUCUCCACUAUACCAAUUUUUUGCAGUAGUUUGCCGGUUCAACAGUUGUACUGUUGUCAGACAGCACUACAACAGUUGACAGCACAGUACAGACUGAAAUUCAAAGGAGAGGAAGAAAAAGCAUUCAGAAAAUACUUGUUUAUUAUCGAGAGCCCACACAGAACACAAAAUAUUAGUCAAUUGAAUCCUUUACAGCUUGUACCUGUGCCUGAAUUAGGUCGUUUCUGGCUGUUGUGGAAAAGUUAUUUGAAAUGCACAUUGAGUGCUGUUCAUACUGUAUGGCUUUGUCACCAAACCUCAUCCUGGAGAUCUACUUUUUUAUACAGAGUUUAGUUCUGACCUGCAACUAGCUUGAUUCCUGGUGCCAGUGCAUCUGAUCCAGCCAAACAAGGAUUUCUGAAGAAGUUAAUAGCAUGUUUGGCAGAGUGUGGCUGGAACUAGACUCGGCAAGAAAGUACAUCUCCAGAAUCAUGGUUGCUGACCACUGCUGUUGGCCUACUACUAUGCCUGGCUUAGUUCUUACACAUGGUUCCAAUAUUGAGAUGGUACUGAAGGCCUUGUUUAACUAGAUCAGAGUUUGUAGAGUUAAGAGUGAUGAUGUAGGAUCAUUUUCCUGUCAGGAAAUCAUUGUAAGUAAGAGAAGAAUCUGGUCCUAUAUCAGCACUUGCACUCCGAGAAGCUUUAGGAAUGCAGGUCCAGAUGUGUUAGAUUAGAAACUAAACUGGCUGGUCAAUCUUUAGGAGCAGUGGUGGACAGUCACUUGUCGCAGUAUCACAUUUAAUCUGGUGAACAUAUGAAUAUAACUUGUUUAAAUUCCAUGUAAUUUUGUUUAAAAAGUACUCUAAGGAGUUCUUCUAGCGAGCUAUUGUCCUAAUAAGCAUGAAUCACAUGCUCACUAUAGAUGUGUGGAUGAUUAAUGGAAGAUGUCAUAGAAUCUUUGAUUAAUACUUUCAGUCGGAUAUUGGGUUUAUAAAGGGGGUAUUUAAGAAAAUCUUUGUUAAACCUGAAUUUGUUAAACCAGAGUCAUGUCCUGUACAAGUGUUCCACCUUUGUAAUUGUUACAAUGUAGUUUCUUUGUCAGAAGAAAAGCUCUUAUCUCCAAAAUGGUAACUUUACAGGAGAAGUGAAAAAAAAACAAUCUUUCUUUCAUUAAGUCAAUGGAACCACACUUAUUUCCAACUAAUUCUGGGCCGUUCCUUUCAGUCCAUUCAUCAUGAAAUUUACAUACAAUGUAAACACUAAUUCCAUAAUUCCUUGUUACAUAUAACUAUAUCACCUAUCUGGCCAUUCAGUGAGAGACUUAAACAACCCUAAAAGCAAGCUUUUCCAGACAGAAGAUUCCUUUCAGUUCUGUUCACUGUCUGCUUGUUUUUAUCAUGGUGUUCAAACUCAUCUGUCAACAUUCCUCUGUUUCUGUUUUUUUUUCUUCAGAAGCACAACAAUCGCUAAGAAGCAUGUUUUUUUGCCAAGUUCACGUUUUCAAAACUCUUCAUACACCUCUCUGCAGAAACAUGCACGGUAGCUCAGUUUAUACCCAAAAUGCUCUACAGCUGUAAAAACAAUGCAGACACAACAACCAUAAGUGAGGGUCAGGAUGUAAUUGCCUUAUGGCUCAGCUUCCUCUUCACCACUAUGGAAUGAAUGGCUGUUGUCAGAAGAAAAGCUCUUAUCUCCAAAAUGGUAACUUUACAGGAGAAGUGAGAAAAAAAAUGUGUUGUUUCAUUACGUCAAUGGAACCAGACUUAUUUCCAACUAAUUUUGGGCCGUUCC